CCAGAUGGCACUGCUCGCAUCGCCCAGCAGCACUGAUCUCCUCCCCUCCUCCCCUGUGCCCAUGUGCAGCCGCCGCCGGCUCCCGUCCGCCGCAGCAGCCAAUCGGCUCAGUGCAGCCCGGACUGUCUCUGGCGCAGCUCGUGUGGCGCAGGCGGCUCACCCCCCACCCGGCCGCCGGGGAGCGCGUCUGUGAAGCCGGAUCCAGCGCACAGGAGAGCGGGGGUGACAGGCCGAGCAGUAUGUCAGAGCCCGGGUUGGCAGGGGAGAAGCGGGGCGAGCACUCCGGGUUGCCGCUGCUGGAGUUGCUGGGGGAGAAGCUGGUGACUGCGGAGCGGGAGGAGGUGGAUGUGCAGUCCCUGGGAUCCCGGGUGUCACUGCUCGGGCUGCUGUUCGGCUGUGGGAUGAGCGCCCCAUGCCUGCAGCUAUUACCCGGCCUCAGCGACUUCUACUCCAAGACCCGGGACCGCCUGGAGAUUAUCUUCAUUUCUUCAGACCCCGACCAAAAGAAAUGGCAGCUCUUCCUCAAGGACAUGCCCUGGCUGGCACUACCUUACCAGGAGAAACACAAGAAGUUGAAACUGUGGAACAAGUACAGAAUUUCCAACAUUCCCUCACUGAUCUUUAUUGAGGCAUCUACGGGGAAGAUUGUGUGUAGGAAUGGCCUCUUGCUAAUAAGAGAUGAUCCAGAAGGUCUGGAGUUUCCUUGGGGUCCAAAGCCUUUCUGUGAAGUUAUUGCUGGACCUUUGCUCAGGAGCAAUGGCCAGUCCCAGGAAAGUAGUACUUUGGAAGGCUCUUAUGUUGGUGUUUAUUUCUCUGCACAUUGGUGUCCUCCUUGUCGAAGUUUGACAAGAGUGCUGGUGGAAUCUUAUCGGAAGAUCAAAGAGUUAGGCCAAAAAUUUGAAAUUGUUCUAGUUAGUGCUGACAGAUCUGAAGAAUCAUUUAAACAGUAUUUCAGUGAGAUGCCCUGGACAGCUGUUCCAUAUAGUGAUGAGGCGAGAAGGUCUCGACUGAAUCGUUUGUAUGGAAUACAAGGUAUUCCUAAUCUCAUUAUAUUGGAUCCGAAAGGAGAGGUCAUCACACGACAGGGAAGAGUGGAGGUCCUACAUGAUAUUGACUGCAAAGAGUUCCCAUGGCACCCAAAGCCUGUUGUGGAGCUGACAGAGUUGAAUGCAGUGCAGCUGAACGAGGGUCCCUGCCUUGUUCUUUUUGUAGACUCUGAUGAUGAUGGAGAAUCCGAGGCAGCGAAACAGCUCGUUCGACCCAUAGCAGAGAAAAUUAUGGCACAAUAUAAAGCCAAAGAUGAGGAAGCACCACUACUGUUCUUCGUGGCCGGAGAGGAUGACAUGACAGACUCCCUGCGGGACUUCACAAACCUCCCAGAAGCCGCUCCUCUGUUAACCAUACUGGACAUGUCUGCCAGAGCAAAGUAUGUCAUGGAUGUGGAGGAGAUAACGCCAGAGAUUGUGGAGAGUUUUGUCAACGACUUCUUAGCAGAAAAACUGAAACCAGAGCCCAUAUAACAAGACAUUGAUAGUGUCUCCAUGCCGUGCAAAAAGUUAUUUAAAAAAACACAACUGCAAUCUCCUCUUGCCACAAGGAUUUUAAAUAGUAUCUCUUCUGAGAACGCCUUGUCGAGGUGCCUUUAUGUGUCUUUGUUUUUAAAAGAAUCUGAUCCUUCAGAACUGUGUUGUGCCAUAUGCCUCUCAAGAAAGCUUCAUCAAGUGUAUUGCAAGCCCGGAUUUCAGUGUCCCUUUAGUCAUCGGCACUAGGCCCUAAACCUUCGGUAUUAAGAUUGUCUAUACUGUAAUUCUGGUUUUGCUGUUCUCCUGCAACGGACUGCCUCAGCAGUGCAAACGUGUUACCUCUAGUACAUGUACUAUUUUCAUAGUCUGCAAUAUCAGGCACUCCUUCAACUUUCUACUUCUACAGUAUGUCCCUGUUUUGUUUUCACAUGCAGUUUUAAAUACACUAUCAGUCAGUGUUUUUUGCUUGAUUGCUUUUGUAUGUUCAAGGAACUUCAUGUACCGUGAAUAGAAUUUCACAUGUCAGUAUUCAUGUACUGUUUGUCACCUUCUGGAAUAGCAGUACUGUGCACAUGUUCAUUUGUAGUAUAAAGUUACCCUGUCCCAAUUUUACUAACUCUUCACACCUUUCCCACUUCAUUAUGUGUAAAGCACAAACCUGACAUUCUUUGGUAGUAACUUACAUUUUUUGUAUUUUCACUUUGACAACUAUCCAAACAUCCAUACAGUCACACUUUUUUUUAUAUUCAAAAGGACAAAGGAUGUGGAAUAUAUUUGCAGGGUGCAUUAAAGUCAGAUCAUCGUCAUCAAUUUCAAUAACGUUUUGUCUUGUAAUAUUAUUCAAAGAUUCUGCACAAGUUUUCCUGUGGAUCAAAAUAUAUACUGCUUGGGAAGAAGUUAUCACAGAUUGGCAUUGUGUGUAUGUUUGUUGUACCUUGUCUUGAACGAGGAAGGCACGUGAAUGUAAAAUUAGGAACAAGGCGUUUCAGUACAACGGUGAGAAAGGUUUCUGAUAAAUCUGUUCUGCUCUGCUGUGGUGGUUUAUUACUGUCAAAGCAGUAUUCUCACUGACUUGUAUUACUGUGAUCACACAGAGUGUGUCCUGUCCUCUACUGGCUGCUAGGCCAUACCACUGUAACAGAGUUAUCAGAAGCAUUUGCCAGUCAAAAUAUUCACCAACAGAUGUUUAUUAAUUAAGCCAGUUUCAAUAAAGUGAUCAUGUGUAAAUAU